CAUGAAUGUGUCAUUGUUGGGACUGACACAGGAAGGAGGCUGUGUUGUUAUGGCGAUUCCGACUUAACGCAGUUUUUCUCGUGAUCAUUUAUUUCAGUAAUCGGGUUAUUUAAUAUUGCCACUUAAUUGCGGAUUCGUGGAAAUAAACUAAUAAUUAUGUCAGAUUUCUAUGUUGACUGAAAAGGACGACAAAAGAAAGUAGUUUGUGUGUGUUAGCGGCACCGACACUUUGUUUAUGUGGAUGAGACGGUGCGGUCGCCACAACAGGCCUAUGCCAUCGUUAUAUGGGGUGAUGUGAAUCAGUAUUGUCACAGAUUUCGACAAUUCCCAUAUUAUCAUCUCUAUAUAUACACGGUGUGAAGUAGUUUGUAAAAAUGAGUAGAAAGCGUGCCUCGGAGUCACAAUUUAACAGCGAGACACACAAUAAGAAAAUACAUAAAACCAGUUCAGAGGCAGGGGUUGGUGUUUCAGAUAUAAUAAUAGACGAUGAUGAUGAUGAUGAAGGACAAGUCGAGUUCUGCACGUCCUUCUCGAGUAAAGAAGAACUUGCGCGCACCUUCGAACACGCAGUUAAAGUAGCCGUGAAGUCAGUCAUGUCUGAAAUGACCAAGCUGGUUGACAGCAAAUACCUUGUUUUUCAAGUCAAAAUGGAUGGAAAAGAAAAAGAUAUCGAAAGCCUGAAAUUGCGAAUCGAAAAAGCUGAGGAUGAACUGAAAACGAUACGCGAAUGUAUGAACGCAGGUAAGGACAUGUCAAGCCGGCCUCUUGUAAACACCAGUCGUCUGUCUGCAAAAGAAAAGGUGAACACGCUAGAAACGCGUGUUUCAGCUCUCAGUAGAAAACUAAAGGAACCUUCCUCGAUGAACAGUAUCGCUCCAUUUCAGAAACAGUACUCUGUCCACCAUGUUCACUCAGCUGCUGUGUCUGUCCACACAAAAGUGCAAAGCGCUCAGGUUUUAAUGCAUCCGGACAAAGCGGCAGCAAACUCGAAUUUAUUCACCAGAGUUCGGGACUGUGUGCAGAUUGCGAACUUGAGGAUAAGACACGAAGGUGAGGGCGAAAGAUCAUUAAAAGGUGCUGGAAUGAAAACAAUUGAGCUGGAUCGCGUGAAAGAUGUGACAGUGGAAACUCUUCACAAUAAAGAGAAAUGUGCAGAGAUUCCAAAGGAGGUUACAGAACAGACUCGAGAUUCUCGAAAGAGAAAGACCUUUGUAGAUCCAGUGGAAGGUGGGACAGUGGGAACUAGUCCCGCACGCAUUCCAAAGGAGGUUACAAAGCAGACCCCUACUCCAGUUACAGAGGCAGACCCUCGGCAGGGAUCAAGCCAAUACAAAGAGAAUGCUCCUGAAGUGCAUUCUGUCUGUGUUAAAGAGGAGCCAGCUGGACUAGAGACUGUCCACAUUAAAGACGAGCCAGCUGGACUAGAGACUGUCCAAAUUAAAGACGAGCGAGCUGGACUAGAGACUGUCCACUUAGUAGAAGAGCCAGCUGGACUAGAGGCUGUCCAAAUUAAAGAGGAAGUCCCUGAAUUUGAAUCUGUUAACAUAAAAGAGGAGGCAACUGAACUGGACUCUCUUCAUAUCAUUGAGGUCCCUGAAGUUAAUGAAAGUGACCCAGGUGGACCAUAUGAAGACCAAAGACAAGUUGAAGAUGAUAGGACGGACAAAGCCACACAAAAACAGACUAAAUGGGCUAUUAAAAUCUUCAAAGAGUGGCUGGCCAAUGAAAAAAAACCUACCAUAUUUGAACACUUGCCAGACGAAGAAAUAAAUGACUUGCUCUACAGUUUUUAUCCAUCCGUCAAAAAACAAACCGGGGAACAUUUUGGCAAAUCCUCACUCACAGCGCUGCGUCUGGGAAUUAAUCGGCAUCUGCGUGACCCCCCAUACUCUAGGCAGCUGAGUCUAAUGACUGGUAAACCGUUCCUCACCUCAAACCAGAAGUUUCUGGGGCUCCUGAAACAGUUAGAAACGGAGAACAAAGGAAUGUUAAGUCACCAUGCCCCCCUUCAACCUGGAGAUUUUAAAAAACUCAUAGAGACGGGAGUCCUGGGUGUAGACAAUCCUCUCGCCCUGCAACGUUAUGUCUGGAUGACACUGGCUUUGCACUUUGCUGUCCGUACAGCAGAACACCUCCACCGAAUGACAAAAAACACCUUUGCUAUAUCUGUGGAUAAAGCAGGGGUUCAAUACUUGCAUUUUUCCUGUAGCCCCACGCAAAAAACCAGUGAAGCCAGGAUGUACGCACAGCCCGGCAAUCCGAUGUGUCCCUUGAAAGCCUAUCAAUUGUAUACAUCCAAGUUACAUCCGGCGAGAAAUUCCUUGUGGCAAAAGUCUAACAAACCUAAAUACUGGGGGCUAGGACUAGACGUUUGGUAUGAGAAAGCUAAUCUGGGCCUCCCCAAACUUAUCCGUAUGAUGACUGAUAUCAGCAGAGAUGCCAAGCUGAACCGCAUCUACACAAACCACUGUCUAAAGGAGACAGCUGCUGUUAUUUUAAGUGCACAUGGGGUGGACAGGCAUCAUAUUUUGAGAAUAACAGCGCAUAAAAAUGACUGUCGUGAUGGUAGCUUUGCUGAGCCAACUGAUUGUAACACCAGACGCACCUUUAGCAGUAUCCUGUGUUCCUUGUUUGAUGUGUCUAAUAAAGGAAAACAGGAGUCUAACUUUGCACCCAAACUGGCAGUGGCCCCAAAGCCAAACAAUACAUCCACACGCUUUGGCCAACAGGACCUAUAAUUGUACAAAACUAUUCUUUUCCAGGGCCUGACCCUUUUUGUAACUUGGUCCUUCCUGUUAGAUAUAACAUUAUAAUAUGACUGAAUCUGUUUAUUCUUAAUUUGUGCUCGUAUGAAAUGUUUUGGGCUCCUAAUAAAAAUAAUGAGAUCAUUGUCAGUGCCACUUACAAAACAUGAUUGGAGAAAGCAGGUAUCAAGCAAAACAUUUUACAGGAGGGUGUUCAUUUUAGAAGCAGGUCCACUUCAUUGCUGCCUGUGUUGUGAGGAUUGCUAAUGUAGUUUCUCAGGUAUUGUAGUUUAACACCCUUUUGGGUUCUGUAUGACAACUACAAUACCUUCAAUUAUACAAGAACCUGACACUGGUAAUAAUGGCAGGAUUCAUAUAGUUUAUUCAUUGAUACAAGUAUAUGGACAGUUGGAGAGAAGUAUAUACGACAGACAUAAUGCUUUAUAACGCAAGAGUUCCAUUGUUACCUGGUAACACGCUACAGCAGUGCCAUUAUCCUGUAUAGAUCAGCUGUACUAACCCAAAAGAGAGGAGUGGAAAAAACAUGUAUAGGGUGCAGUUUUACCCCAAUAUUAAAAACGUUCAACACGCAUAGUGCUUUAUUUACUGAAAUAUGAAAUAGAUGUUUUUAACAUGGAAAUACAUAUUUGAACUUGGAUGUGUGUGGACAAUGUGAUCUCUGUAAUGAACUCCAGUUAUUUCUAUCCCAUAAUUUUUUAGGGGAGAUAUGGGGAACAGAAUAUAUAAACAGAGAUACAGGGACUAUUAGGGUCAGUUCAAUUAAUCUUAAGUCUUUUAAUGAUUUAAAUUACGAUUCGAGCCAUUACUUAAAUCAUUAGAACAAGGGAAAGUCAAAGCAACACAGUGUAUAGACCAUAAGAAAAUUUACAAACAAGAGGCCAUUCGACCCAUCUAUGCUGCUCUGGUUCAUCUCAUAAUGCUGUCAAGUUUAAAGGAUCCCAGUGAUUCAGCAUCAAUGUGAGUCUCUUCUUAAGUGUAUUUUUUUCGUUAAUAGUAAAAGGAUAGGUUCAGUCCUAAUUUAAUAUGCUAACGGUGGCUGUAUUUUAAUUGUUUAAUUGAAUUGUAGAGCCCUAUAACCCUGAGCGCUCUAUAUUUUCUCUUCAAUCAGAUUCUUGUCGACUUGCCUUGGACCGCAGCACAGCACAUAGAAACCUCUGGAUAUCUGAAGCCGACUCAAAGGUGACCAUGAGAGAUAAGAGCCAGCUAUACCUUGAGCUCCCGGCCAGAUUUAACACCGUGUGGCAGGU